AUGGCAGAAGAAGACAAAAAGGCAGAAAUUCGAUAUGGGCACCCAUCCUCUCCGACUUGCCAUUUCUCCGGCAACUCUAGAGGCUCCGCUCUCCGGACGCGCUGCCCGACGUCAUCAAACCAGCGCAUCUCAGCGCCGCCUCCGUUCGAAGAUACCGAGCUGCUAGAAAUUGCAUUAGGCCUUGAGGCUUCUGGACAGGACUUCAUUUGGGUUUUGAAGAAUGAAAAGAAAGACGUAGAAGAGUGGUUGCCUGAAGGAUUUGAGAAGAGAAUGGAAGGUAAAGGAAUGAUUAUAAGAGAUUGGGCUCCCCAAGUGCUUAUACUUGAGCAUGAAGCAAUAGUAGCAUUUGUGACUCACUGUGAGUGGAACUCUAUCUUAGAAGAAGUGUCUGCCGGGGUUCCGAUGAUCACGUGGCCGUUGUUCGGCGAGCAGUUUUAUAAUGAGAAGUUGGUGCCUGAGAUACUUAGGAUUGGGAUUCCUGUGGGUUCUGCAAAACGGGUUUCAUCAUUUUUGGAUGUAAAUGUGGAGAAAGAAGCGAGUGUGAGAAGGGAUGCCAUAGAGGAGGCUGUGACCAGAAUCAUGGUGGGUCAUGAAGUAGUGAAUAUGAGAAGAAGAGUUGAAAAGCUUGGAGAGAAGGCAAUGAGGGCUGUUGAAGAUGGUGGCGCAUCCUACUCGGAUUUAACUUCUCUAGUUGAAGAGUUGAAGCACCUUGUCGAUGCUUAG